AUGUGGAUUACCCCUUUUGUCAACAAGGAAGGCUUCCGCGAGAACCAGACACGCGCCAUAUUCUCCACCAUAGACAACCCCCCUUCCCACCAGAUGGACGGGCUUAUCCAUUGGCAGGCAGAAAAGGAGACCGGGUCUUCAUCUCAGCCUCACGAGUCCAAUGAGAUCACUAUUACCCCUGACAUUGAUACUCUCUUAGCCAAUAUCCAUAGCGACGAGCUUCUGCCCCCCAGUAUCGAUCUCAGCGACAUCGGCCUCGAGGCCCUAGCAAAUUUCAACGAGCAACCCUCCCAAGAUUCUUCAUCAUGCACAGACGGCUCAUGUGCAGAAUUGUCUACUUUCCUCGCCGAUGCUGUCUUCUCCCAAGCUGCUGCUAUACCUCCAGACCCCCCUUCACACCCUCCUCACCCGCCUAUCAAAGCCACCACAAACCAAGAGCUCGGGUACUCCCAGCACUAUGACGGUAUUGGACUAUUAAGCACCAUCUUAUCCCAAACUCCUCAGAGACGAUCCAUACCUGGCUCAACGAUCAUCGCAGAGCAGCAUUACCAAAGCAGCACUCUUCCAGCAAAGAGCGGUCACCGCUUCUCCAAAGAAGCUCUCCAGAUUCUCAAAAGAUGGUUGGCUCUUCACAGCCGCUACCCUUACCCAACCGAUGAGGAAAAAGAACUCCUCCAGCAUCAAACAGGUCUCACCAAGACUCAGAUUUCCAACUGGUUUACCAAUACUCGUCGCAAACGCAGAGCACAACCCAAAAGGAAUCUAUUCUCCCAUACUGAUAACACACCAAUUGGUCCUAUCGAUAUCAGCCGUCGGCCUGGAACGCCAGCUAUCGAUAGCAACACAAACCCACUACAGCGCUGGGUAGACUCGCCGCCCGAGAGUGAGCCCGCAUCUGUCACUGCUAUUGCCAGGGCCGUGGCCUCCAGCUGGGAGAGUCCUCCCAGAAGAAACACUCACUACCGUUCUAUGUUGACUGACGAAGAGUCGGAUCGCUCUUUUGGCAACGGCACCUCAGCAAUCAGUACAGGCACAUCUAGUGGCAGUUCUUUUGCCUCCUCUAAUUCUCAUCGCUCAGGCGGCUCCUUUGGUUCAAUCGGCAACAUCAACAAGCUGCGAAGCCAUCGUCGCCGCAGGAGAAGAGCCAUCCCUGAGAGAAAGGAACGGACAUCACUGAUCAAUCCCCAAAAACCAUAUCAAUGUACUUUCUGUGCCGAAGCCUUCAGAACGAAGCACGACUGGCAGAGACACGAGAAGUCGCUUCACCUAUCUCUUGAGAGAUGGGUAUGUACGCCGGAAGGAUCACGAGCGACGAACCCGAGGACAAAUCAGAUCUGCUGUGUCUUUUGCGGAAUGGCUAGCCCUGAUGAUUCUCAUCUAGAAACUCAUAACCACACGGCCUGCAAAGUAAGACGAGUCGAAGACAAGUCCUUCUACCGGAAGGAUCACAUAAACCAGCACCUCAAGCUCGUCCACAACGCUCAGUUUGUUGACUGGUCUAUGAAGAGCUGGAAAAUCACGACAUCAGAAAUCCGAUCCCGAUGUGGCUUCUGCGGGAUGACUAUGAGUAGCUGGCCAGCCCGAGUUGAUCAUCUAGCAGAGCACUUUAAGAAUGGCAGUACUAUGGCUGGUUGGAAAGGCGACUGGGGCUUUGAGGCAUCCGUCCUCGACAUGCUGGAAAGCUCUAUCCCGCCAUACCUUAUCGAGAUGGAACGAACAUCUACCUUUCCAUUUACCGCAAAUAGCGCUCCAGCCGACUCCCCAUGCAGCGCAUAUGAGCUCAUCACACUAGAGCUUGCCUACUUCAUGGUCAACUACAAGGAAGAGAUGGGAAAACUGCCCACUGAUGAGGAGAUACAGCUCGAGGCUUGUCGAGUCAUCUUUGCCUCGGAAGCAUCGUCCCGACGAUGUGCCGAGUCUUCUUGGCUCCGAGACCUUCUAAUGGGAGACCAGGAGAUUGCCAGACAAGCUCGAUUCGCGCCCCUCCGACAUGGCGCUGAAAACAGGCUCUGCGUUCUCAAGAUCAACGGCAAGGACAACUUGUUUGAACAAUGUCCGCUAGAGGUGCAACUCAGAGACCUUAUCCAAGCCAAGGCUGUACUCGACAUACACAUCACAGAUGACGAGCUGCAAGAAGAAUGCUGCUAUAUUAUUGGCAAUAUUCAAGAACUACCUAUACCGCAUUAUGAUUUCAUUGCGGAUUGGCUCAUCAGGCUUGUUAUGUCUUCGGCGGGGUGGUUGGCCGACUUCCGUCAGCGCGCUCAUCUUCAAAAGACUCAACAUUCCGAUGGUCCUCUCUCACGACAUUUGGGGCUGGAAGUUACCCACAUCCACGCUGAAGAUCACCACACCGCAGAUGGUUUGGUUUGGUCCACUACCUUGAGUCCUUCUCACAGUAGAAGCCCUGGAACCACACGAAGAGUAACUUCAGCUCAUCGUGCUCAAGCAACCGAGCUAAGGGCUCAGUCAGGGAGGCUCGACUCUGGAGUUCGGUCAAGAAAGAGCCCUGGGGCCUUCGAAGACAUGAUGAAAAAGACAUUCUUCAUGAACGAUUCCAACUGCUACCGUCGUCUAGCGCAGGAGCUGACUCGCUUCGUCAUGGCUACCAUGUCACCCAACAACCCAAAUCAGCACGUACCAUCAGACGCCGAGAUUCAGCAUCAAGCUCGGUGGAUCUUAUUUGAGAGUGACGAUGCAUGGAACCAAACAGCAGCUGAUAAUGACGAAUGGCUGCAGCGCUUCAAGCGUGAUGUUGGCAUUCUCCCGGGUCCAGGCCUUGACAGUGGCCAGGGCGCUCCGUAA